CUCAUUUAAAAAGCAAUUUUAUACGGAUAACAUUUGAAAAUAUUCAGUUGCUUUCGAAUCAAUGCAACAAUUUAAAUGAUCAAAAGCUUUCACAUAUCAUUCUAGUGUGAUAUACUAUCAAAUAUAAUUAUAAUAUAAUAAUCAAUAUAAUAAUCAAAUAUUAUUCGAUUCAAAAAAAUUCGAAAAGUUUUUUGAUAUUAUGUUAAAACAAGUGACAUCUAAGAAAGUUAUAAAUAUUAUUUGGUUCAGUGUAGCCUUAACUUUUUGUUGGCCACUUCCAGCUAAUAGUACCAAAAUUCAAGUGUUUGUUUUUAGAAUUUUACAAAUAAUUAGUAUUAUUAAUGCUUUUAUGCUAAUUGUGCCGUUAUCAUAUUCUAUUUAUUUGCAUUAUAAUGAUAUUGCCAUUGUCUUUCAAUCUCUUGCUAUAUUAAUAGGUUUGUCUCAAAUGAUUAUUCAAACUGUUAUAUUAUGCUUUAUUAAAUACAACUCUUUACAACGUGUAAUCGAGGAAAUGAUAACUUGUAUCAAAGAAGCACAGCAAUACGAAAGGAAAAUUUUCUGUAAAUAUAUCGAGAAUUGCAACAUAUUUUACGGAAGUUCUUUAACAAUCACAUACGUGGUUGUAAUUAUUUACAUAAUGGGACCUAUAAUCCUGCCAGCACCUUUUCCAGUAGAUACCGAAUACCCGUUUCACAUUAAUUCCACGAUAAUAAAGAUUAUCAUAUAUUUGCAACAAUCUUUACUUAUUUUUCAAUGCGCUGGACAUUUAUGCAUAAGCAUAUUUUGCGCGCUUUUGCUUUGGUUCACGGCCGCAAGAUUCGAAUGUUUGAUCGUGGAAUUGCAAAAAAUCACAAAUAUUGGUAUGCUAAUUAUUUGCAUAAAAAAACAAUUGCGUUUAAGAAGAUACGCAAAAAAAGUGGUGAAUAGUUUUCGCUUUAUGAUAGUUUAUGCCAUCGGUGUAAGUACAUUUGCUCUGACUCUAUAUGGUAUUAUAAUGAUAGUGAAGGCACCAUUAAUUAUGAAAAUAGAGUCUGUAACUUUGAGUUUUGUUUUACUCCUACAAAUUUAUAUAUAUGCAUGGCCUGCUGAUCAUAUGAAGGAUAUGAGUAUAAACGUUUCAAAAAGUGUAUAUAACAUAAUAUGGUAUAAACAGACAUUGAGAAUGCAAAAGAAUCUGUUAAAUGUAUUGAUGUAUCAGCAACCAAUAACCUUUUCCGUUGAUUGUAUAUUGCCAGAGUUUUCAUUACAUUAUUAUUGCUCGUAUGUAUCCAAUAUUUUCUCUAUCUUCACAGCUAUACGUGUCAUCAUAGAAGAUGAUCAAUUAGAAAUUUAAUAUUGUUCUAUUAAGUAAUUGUUAAAAUAUUUCAAUUAAUCGAUCAUUUUUGUGCAAACAUUAAUUUAAGUAUUUAAUUAAUAUUUGAUUGUGCAAACAACUUAUUAAUCUAUAUUUUUUAUUAAAUGUCGGUUAGCAAUUGAUAUUUUUAAUUGAUAAUUAGCAACUAAAUAUAUAUAAUUAAUCUAAAUCAAAUUUUUAUAAUUGAUUGUAAAUCAAUCGAUAAAUCAUUUUAAAAAUUAUACAAUAAUAUAACAUUAAAUAUAAGAUUGAUAUUGCUACUGCUAAUCAUAAUUUUCAUUAUGAUUUAUUAAUUCAUUCAUUCAUAAGAAAGUAACUUUUUCAAAUAGGUUUAUCUAUCAUAUUCUAGUUGCUUAUCACGAUGUUAAUAAUAAAUAAUAGAUACAAAAUUGUCGUAUGUUAAUGUAUAUAAUGUUAUGAAUAAAUAUAAAUGAAAUUCGA